AUGAAAUUAUUUUUGCAAAGACUUUGGAUACAUGGACACAAGUGGGAUGACGAGUUAGAUAACUCUCUAAAAGACGAAUGGAAGGCAAUUAUUACUAAAACCAAAAACCUUGCAGAUAUUGCUAUACCAAGAUACGUUGGAAGUGAACAUUUAGAGCUAAUUUGCUUCUGUGAUGCAUCCGGAAAAGCUUACGCUACAACAAUCUACCUUCGAUCAAUCAAAGACGAAAAGACAGUGGUCAACCUAGUAUUUGCAAAGUCAAGAGUUGCUCCAAAGAAAGAAUUGACUAUACCACGUCUUGAACUACUUUCAGUUUUAAUUGGAUGUCGAAGCCUUGCGUUUGCUAAACGGCAGUUGAAGAUCCAAACAAUUAAAUGCAUCUUGUGGACUGAUUCGAUGUGUGUACUUUCAUGGAUCAAGGGCACAAAAACAAGUUCAGUCUUUGUCAAUAACAGAAUAUCAGAGAUCAAACAAUUGCCGAACACCACAAUCAAAUACAUCAACACAAAAGAAAACCCAGCAGACCUACCAACUAGGGGUCUAUCGAGUGAAGCCUUAUCAAGUUGCAACCUGUGGUGGCAUGGUCCAAAAUGGCUAACGAAGGAUCAAACAUUUUGGCCUGACUGGAAUAUACCUGAAGUGAAUCUUGACGAAGCACCCAAGAAAGACGCAUCAAAAACCAAUGUUUUGCAUGAGUUUGCUGGCGCUGUUCAACAAACAAUGAAACUACAACUUCAAUCACCGUUCAUGAUUGAAGAAACGAGAUACUCAUCACUGAAGAAACUGUUACGAGCGACCGCAUAUGCGAGCAGAUUCAUUCAGAGCACAAAAGGAAUCCGACCAGCUAGCAAUACCUUAAUUGCAAAAGAGAUAGAAGAAUCCGAAAAGAAAUGGAUCAAGUACGUACAGAGUAAACAUUAUGUGACAAAGAACAAGAACCUUGUAGAAGAACAAAGAAAAUCUCAGCUCAAUCCAGCAUUAGAUGAUGAAGAUAUAGUAAGAGUUCAUGGACGAUUUGCAAAUGCGGACCUAGAAAAGGACACUUUGACACCCAUUUUAUUACCAAGAGGAGAACAUUUUACCAAGUUAGUGAUUGAAGAUCAACACAAUCAGAUCCAUCACAGUGGAACUCCACACACACUUGCUGCAAUCCGACAACGUUUUUGGAUUCCACAAGGACGAGCUGAAGUCAAAUCAAUCUUAAGAAAGUGUCUAGUCUGUAUCAAACAUCAAGGUGGACCCUACAGAGUUAAACCAAUGGCACCCUGGCCUAAAAGCAAAGUCAACAAAUCCAAAGCCUUUAUCAACACAGGCCUGGAUUACUUUGGACCACUUUACAUAAAACAAGGAAAAGAUCAACAGAAGUCCUGGGUAUGUUUGUUCACAUGCAUCACUACUAGAGCACUACAUCUAGAGUUAGUAGAUGGAAUGUCAGCAGAACAUUUUCUACUUGCACUAAGGAGAUUUAUCGCGAGAAGAGGAAAACCGAACCAGAUUGUUUUGGACAAUGCAUCUCAGUUCAAAGCUGCAAAAGAAACCAUUGAUUUGGCCUGGAAGAGCACAAUCAAUGACCCAACCGUUCACAGUUAUCUUGCUAAUGAAAGAAUCGAAUGGUCAUUUAUCAUAGAACUUUCGCCUUGGAUGGGAGGAUUUUAUGAGCGCCUUGUAGGAACAACGAAAAUGGCACUGAAGAAAAGCAUCGGUAACCUACGACUAACGAGUACACAACUUCAGACAAUAUUGACCGAGAUUGAAGCUACACUAAAUUCAAGACCUUUAACCUACCUUGGCGACGAUUUAAACGAUCAAACUUUCAUCACACCAGCACAUUUUCUGUCUGUAAAUUCCAAAACGGGAUGCCCUCAAUUCGAAAGACAAGAAGAUGACGACCCAGACUACAACAAUCAACCACUGACUGAAGGCAAAAAACUGUUAGAGAUAUGGAAGAAAGGUAACAGACAUCUCGAUCAAUUUUGGAACAUAUGGAAAAAUCACUAUUUACUCAGCUUACGAGAAAGAAGCCAAACAUUCAUGAAGCACUCGAAGAAACAGUCAUCAAGAGAACCAAAAGUUGGAGACAUCGUACUUAUCAAAGAUUCAACACCACGAGGAACCUGGAGAAUCGGAAGAAUUGUGGAGCUUUUGAAAAGCAGAGACAAUCAAGAACGAGCAGCAAAAGUCAUCCUUCCAAACCAAAACGUCCUACAAAGAUCACUCGUUCAUCUAUACCCGCUUGAAACAAACGACGAAGAGACCAGCAACGUUGCAGAACACUCAAAAGAAAAUUCCGGCGCUACACCGCUGAACGAACAGGAAAAUAAUCGCAGAAGAAAUUCGAAUUCUCGACCAAAACGAAAAGCAGCAAACGAAGCGAGAGAUAGAAUCUUAGGACACUCUAUACAAGAAUGA